AAAAAGCAUCAACAGCGUGAACGCAAAAGCAGCAGAGAGCAGAAAUGGAUAUGCCACUCUCUCUCUCUCUCUCUCCCCCAAUGUCUUGUGUCUUGAUCGCCAUUAGAGGCUCCGCUUGACCACUAGUCCUUGGCCACCUCCAGGUAGAAAUGCUACAAGCUUAAGAGGAAGCUUGUGGGAGCUAAUGGCAUCGGUUGGUGUCCCACGUGCUUCUGGUUUGAGAGAUACUAGUGGAUACGCUCUUGGUGCACAUAGGUUGCCAGAAGAGAUGAAUGACAUGAAAAUCAGGGAUGAAAGAGAGAUGGAAGCAAUGGUUAUUGAUGGUAAUGGGACAGAGACAGGUCAUAUUAUAGUGACAACUAUUGGUGGUAGAAAUGGCCAGCCAAAGCAGACAAUAAGCUAUAUGGCUGAGCGAGCAGUUGGACAAGGAUCAUUUGGAGUGGUGUUUCAGGCAAAAUGCUUAGAGACAGGCGAAACAGUGGCUAUUAAGAAGGUUCUUCAAGAUAAGAGGUAUAAGAAUCGGGAAUUGCAAACAAUGCGUCUCCUUGACCACCCCAAUGUGGUGUUCUUGAAGCAUUGCUUCUUCUCAACGAGCGAAAAGGAUGAGCUAUAUCUGAACCUCGUUCUGGAGUAUGUACCUGAAACAGUUCACCGUGUGAUCAAGCACUACAACAAGCUGAAUCAAAGGAUGCCUCUAAUUUAUGUGAAACUUUAUGCAUAUCAGAUCUUCAGGGCAUUGUCGUACAUUCACUGCAGUAUUGGAGUGUGCCAUCGGGAUAUCAAACCUCAAAAUCUUUUAGUAAAUCCUCAUACCCACCAGGUCAAGCUAUGUGAUUUUGGGAGUGCAAAAGUAUUGGUAAAAGGGGAGCCAAAUAUAUCGUACAUCUGCUCGAGGUACUAUAGGGCUCCUGAGCUUAUUUUUGGAGCAACUGAAUAUACAACGGCUAUUGACAUCUGGUCUGCCGGCUGCGUACUGGCUGAGCUAUUACUUGGACAACCUCUGUUUCCUGGUGAGAGUGGAGUGGAUCAGCUGGUUGAGAUUAUCAAGGUUCUAGGCACCCCAACUAGAGAAGAAAUCAAGUGCAUGAAUCCUAAUUAUACGGAGUUCAAAUUCCCUCAGAUAAAAGCUCACCCAUGGCACAAGAUAUUCCACAAACGCAUGCCUCCUGAAGCUGUUGAUUUGGUUUCAAGAUUACUCCAGUAUUCUCCGAACCUACGGUGCACAGCUCUGGAUGCCUUAAUCCAUCCUUUCUUUGAUGAGUUACGUGAUCCCAAUGCCCGCUUGCCAAAUGGACUAUUUCUUCCACCACUGUUCAGCUUUAAAUCUAAUGAACUAAAAGGAGUGCCAGUUGAGGUGUUGGUGAAGUUGAUCCCGGAGCAUGCUAGGAAGCAGUGUUCCUCUCUAGGGUUGUAAUCUAAUGAAGUGUACCAAUAACAACUGCUGUUUCUCUAUUUUAAGUUAUGAUUUCUCUUGUCUUGUGUGUCUUAUUCUUAUUUUAUGCUCUUUUCCAUGUGCAGCUUUGUUGUUAGAUAGCUGUUUUACUGUAUCACUUCAUCCAAACAGGACCAAAUCUGCCUUCUGUUUGGCAUGUCCAUGAUGAAAUUGUGGAAUCAUUGUCAUAGUAAAUUGAAGUCUCUUUUUAUUUG